CUAUUUACAUGAGACUCCAGCUGUUAAAUUGACUCGGCAAACAGAGUCGAUGUGUGUGUCCGUGGGUGUGUGUCAUCGCCACGUGAUCCAGCUCGCCAAUGUCCUUCUACAACCCACUCAGCAUCAUGGCUGCGGAUGCUGCGGAUGCUCUCCUCCCGCACCGCAUCCCCGGACCAUGCCUCCUGCCCCUGCUCCUCCUGAUCGCCUCCGCUCUCCCCACACCGAGCCACGGGCUGCUGGGCUUCCGACCGGAGGACACGGGAGGAGAUCUAUCCGUGCAGGACGGGCUGCUGAAGGCCACCGAAGGGACGCGGUUCAUGUUACGCGUGUACUAUGCAGCAUCUCCGCAGAGGCUCAACCGGACCGUCAGCAGCGCCGGUGGCACAGCCGCGCCGUGGAUCGCUUUCAUAGAAGAACCGGAGCCGGGCAGAGAGGGGCAGGUGCAUCCCAAACGCAACUUGUGCGUGGAGGAGAGCGCCAGGAGCUCUGAUAUAGAGCUCCUCGGAUCUUUUAAGUCAGCCUCCAGCCAGAACUCCAUCCUGGUGGAGCUGCUCGCCAAAGACCUGCGGAGAGGAGAGAACAUCAAGUAUUAUUCCAUGUGCGCCUUUGACGGGAUCAAAUGGGAGCACUACCGGACGCGCGACUUCUGGCUGGCGGUGGUGGAGCGGCCGCCGCAUACGGACGGGUGGCUGCAGGCGGGACUGUCGGUGCUGCUUCUGGCGCUUUCCGCGCUCUUCAGCGGGCUGGUAAUCAGCAUGCUCGCGCUGGACCCGGUGGAGCUCAAAGUGCUGCAGAACAGCGGCACGGACAAGGAGCAAAAGUACGCGCACAAGAUCGAAUCGGUGCGCAAACACGGCAACUACGUCCUGUGCACCUUGGUGCUGUGCAACGUGCUUACCAACACUUUCCUGGUGGUCUGGAUGUGCCAGAUCCUCGGAGCAACGCCCGUCUCCACUGCGGCGUGCACUUUUCUCAUCUUCUUCAUCGGCGAGAUCCUGCCGCACUCCGUUGCGUCCAGGCACGGGCUGGCUAUCGCGUCCAAGACCGCAUGGUUAACCAAGAUGCUGAUGCUGCUGACUUUCCCCAUUACAUAUCCCAUCAGCAAACUCCUAGACAAUAUGCUGCACCAGGAAAUCAGCAACUUCUACACCCGUGAGAAGUUACUGGCUAUGCUGAGAGUUACCGACCCAUAUCAUGACCUGGUGAAAGAGGAGCUGAACAUCAUCCAGGGAGCUCUGGAGCUCAGGAGCAAAACGGUGGAAGAUGUGCUGACCCCUCUCAAUGACUGCUUCAUGCUGGCCUCGGAUGCCAUUCUGGACUUCUACACCAUGUCAGAUGUAAUGCAGAGCGGAUACACUCGCAUUCCUGUGUUUGAGAACGAACGGUCUAAUAUUGUCGAUAUACUUUUCGUCAAAGAUCUGGCCUUUGUUGAUCCAGAUGACUGCACGUCGUUAAAAACCAUCACACAGUUCUACAAGCACCCGCUGCACUGUGUCUUUAACGACACCAAACUGGAUGCAAUGCUGGAGCAAUUCAAGAAAGGGAAAUCUCAUUUGGCUAUCGUGCAGAGGGUCAAUAAUGAAGGAGAAGGAGAUCCUUUCUACGAAGUCAUGGGCAUCGUCACUCUGGAAGACGUCAUCGAGGAAAUCAUCAAGUCUGAGAUUGUGGAUGAAACGGACCUCUACACUGAUAACCGUACGAAGAGACGAGUAUCUCACCAUGAGAGGAAACAGCAAGACUUCUCCAUAUUUAAACUGUCAGAGAGUGAAAUGAAGGUCAAAGUUUCACCACAGCUUCUGCUUGCAACACAUCGCUUUCUAGCAACAGAAGUAGAGCCUUUUAAGUCGACGCAUCUCUCAGAGAAGAUCCUCCUGCGAUUGAUAAAGCACCCGAGCGUGGUGCAGGAACUCAAGUUUGAUGAGAAAAACAAGCGAUCACCAAAGCACUACCUCUUCCAGCGCAACAAGCCUGUGGAUUAUUUCAUCCUCAUACUGCAGGGUCGAGUGGAGGUAGAGAUCGGUAAAGAGGGACUAAAGUUUGAAAACGGGCCGUUCACAUACUACGGCUUACCUGCCAUUAUGACCAUCCUACCCACAGUCCACAGAUCACCGUCCCGGAGCAGCGGUCUCAAUCAUUCGGAUACUACAAUCCAUGGAGGCAGUCUGGGUCAACUGAGCAUCAGCGGAGGACCGUAUUUACCAGACUAUUCAGUUCGCCAGCUCACAGACCUACAGAUCAUUAAGAUCACUCGUAACCAUUAUGAGAACGCCCUGACAGCUACACGCAUGGACAGCUCUCCACAAACACCCGACGCAGACAGUCAAGUGCCCGGGGAGAGAAUGACAAUCCCUGAGACGCGUUCCAACAGCAUCGCCCUUCCUCUGACAGAACCACGGCCCUGUCUGACCCGAUUCCACCAGCACAGCCACCUCUACAGACAGCCAGACAGCACCAGCACCCUUAAUGAGAGAAACCGUAUCGUCCGAAGUAAGUCAGAUGGACAGAAGAGCCCCAGUGACUCUGUGUUCCUUCGUAUGGAUGACACCCCAUAUAUAAGAGACAAUCACUUGGAGAGAAAAGAAGGAACUGAUGCAACAGCCGUACCCAUGGAGACGGACCUGUCUACAUCCCAGCUCAUCAGCUCUCACUCUCUGGGCGGCUCGGAUGAGAACCUGGGGAAAAAACUGCUCCGGAAGCUCAGCAACAAAAAAAGAAAGAAGUCUCGUGAUGGAGAUAAACCUUUGGAAGACAAUCCUGAACAAUCACAGGUGAAGACCUAGCAUUCAUUGUAUGGGUUUGCUUCUCUCUUGCUCUCUCACCUGCUUCUCCCACAAAUGUGAAAUCUUCUCCAGCCUUCCUCUGGAUCAUGAGUGAGAGAAAGCACAACCCAUUGUACAAUGACCAUCACAACAGAUGUAGCAUCAGAAAACCUUGCCUUCAGCAUUGCAACGGGCUGGACAACCUGCAAAAUAUAACAAACCGGAAAUGUACAACAUGCAGCAAGACACAUGUUUUUUUAAUUGACGAGAUGCUACGUAACCGUUGAUAUACUACAGUUUUGAUGACGGUUUAUGAUGAUGUCAUCUCCAGUCACUGUGGUAAUGACAUUCUGACCUCUGACCCCGGGCAAAGCCAGCAAGCACAAGCCUGGAGACCUGAAGCCAACCAUUUGACCAAUGCGAGGGCAGAACCUUUAGUAUGGUCAUCUUUCAGUAGAAUUAUCCUGAAACAAAGUGUUUAUUGUGUGAUUUUAUAUCAUAUUAAGUGAGAGGUAUUUGUCAGGCUGUGCCUGGAACUCAAUCAAGAUAUCAGAGCACUUAGAGACAGAUCAGACCCAUUUAUUUCAUAUUCUGUUGAAUAGCAGAGGAGUUGACAGAGAAAAAAUACCUAUAUUAGGUAAGUGGUGUCAGAAUCUUUUUUUUUUUUCUAUUUUCUCUUUUCAAAAGAACUAA